AUCGCUCAUUGUUAAUCAUCAUUUGAUACAAUAUUGAAAAAACUGGUAACCGGUUGGUGUGAUUUUUUUAAAAUUAAAUAAGAGGUUUCUAAAUGAAGCUUCCCGCACACAAAAAAAAGUCUGCAACAUCAUGUAUUAAAUAAUAAAGUUGACCAUGGAGGCCCUUUGUAAUACAAUGAACAAGUCGACAACUAACCACUACUACAUAAAUGUGAUAAAAUAGAUAUAGGUUUACUUUAAAUACUCUUAUACGCUGACCAUCCUUAGUAUUAUCUUGAAUUUUUCUCCAUUGUUACUUCUUCUUCAACCUUCUGUUCUAUACUUUUGGUUACCUUCUCGUGCCAAACUUGACAUAGUUUUUCGUCGGCCAUAAGUUGAAGCUAUAAGCCGAAAGGUCGCAUUAAUGGGUAUGCAACUCCUUAAAGUCACAGCAAGGUUUGUAUGUCCUUUAAGUUUCAGGCAUAUGAGUGUUUUUGGUUUUUGGUACCAAUGAGAAAUCUACUAUCAUGGUUUUUCCUGAUCACCUUUUUCUCAAGCUGCUUCAGCCAUGUAGUUUUGGUUCUUGGACAAUGUCAGAGCAGUCAGCAGUCAUUUUUACUUCAACUCAAGAACAGCCUUAUGUACAAUUCUUCAUCAUCUGUAAAUCUGGUGCAGUGGGAUCAAAACACAGAUUGUUGUAAUUGGAAUGGUGUAGAUUGUGAUGCGGCUGGACAUGUAAUUAGCCUCAACUUGAACAACGAAUCAAUCUCCGGUGGAAUUGAGAAUGCGACUGGUUUAUUCUCUCUUCAGCAUCUGAAGAGCCUAAAUUUGGCUUAUAAUAGAUUCAACGGAAUUCUAAUUCCUUCCAGGUUGGUCAAUCUCACAAACUUGACUUAUCUGAAUCUUUCUAAUUCUGGCUCCGCAGGACAGAUUCCCAGUUCGAUUUCAGGCAUGACAAAGUUGGUUAUUCUUGAUUUGUCAAGUCUUAACUUCUUGGGAUCAUCUGUCUUGAAACUCGAGAAUCCAAACUUAAGCAUGUUUCUACAGAACUUCACAGAGAUUAGAGAACUGUACCUGGAUGGUGUAAAUAUAUCAGCCCAUGGAAAUGAAUGGGGCAAAGCUUUAUCGUCAGCACUGCCUAAUAUACAAGUCUUGAGCUUGUCCAACUGUUUCCUUUCAGGCCCCAUCAGCAAUUCCCUUGCAGAACUUCGGUCUCUUUCAGUAAUCCGUUUGGAUCAGAAUAAUCUCUCUCCUACAGAUCUAGGUUUUUUAGCAGAAUUCAAGAAUUUGACUUCCCUGCGGCUCAGUUACUGUGGGCUAAGUGGAACAUUUCCGGAAAAUGUCUUCCGGGUACCAACACUACAGAAUCUUGAUUUAUCAAACAACAAGUUGCUUCAAGGUUCAUUACCACAGUUUCCUCAGAAUCUGUCUCUUAGGACGCUGAUGCUCAGUUUCACAAGUUUCUCUGGGACACUACCAGAUUCCAUUGCCAACCUAAAAAAUUUGUCAACAAUAGAGCUUUCAAGUUGCAAUUUUACAGGACCAAUUCCGACUUCAAUGGCUACUCUCGCCCAAAUAGUUUAUUUGGACCUUUCAUUUAACAAUUUCACUGGUCCAAUCCCUUCCUUUUACACGUCCAAAAAUCUUGCUUACCUAGAUCUCUCCCAUAAUCUAUUGAGUGAUGAGAUCCCAUCCAACUGGGAACAGCUUCAGAAUCUGUCUUAUGUUGACUUGAGGUUCAACUUCCUUAAUGGUAGUAUUCCCUCAUCUCUGUUUGCAAUCCCAUCAUUGCAGAAGCUUCAGCUUGGCAACAACCAAUUCAGUGGCCAAGUUCCAGAGUUUUCAGAUGCCUCCUCCUCUGAGUUGGAUACCCUUGAUUUGAGUGACAACAGCUUAGAAGGGCCUAUUCCCAUGUCAAUCUUUGAGCUAAGAAAACUUAAUAUCCUCUUGCUUUCUUUCAACAACCUCAAUGGCACUGUAUUUCUGGAUAACAUUCAAAGGCUUACCAAUCUUGCAAGUCUUGACUUUUCAUACAACAAUUUGACGGUGCAAGCUAGUAGCAGUGGUUCUUUCCUUCCCCAGAUUGCCACAUUGAGAUUGGCCUCCUGCAACCUGAAUGUAUUUCCAAAUCUAAAGAACCAAUCAAGACUAUUUCAGUUAGAUCUUUCUGACAACCAAAUUUCUGGGGAAAUACCUAACUGGAUUUGGGAAGUUGGUGAUAGUGAUCUCAACAGUCUAAAUCUUUCACAUAAUAACUUGGUAGGUCUCCAAGAACCUUAUAUUAUUCCUGAUCUCAUUGUUCUUGACCUGCACUCCAACCUGCUACAAGGAAAGUUACCACUUCCUCCAUCAAAUGUUAUCUAUGUGGAUUACUCAAAAAAUUUGUUUUCUUCCAUCCCCGCUGAAAUUGGUAACUUCCUCACUUUCACCAUUUUCUUUUCCCUUUCAGACAAUACGAUUUCAGGACCUAUCCCUGAAUCAAUAUGCAAUGCCACACUUCUUGAAGUUCUUGAUCUCUCAAACAACAGAUUCAGUGGCAGUAUACCAAAAUGUUUAAUUCAACACAGCAGGACUCUUGGUGUUCUAAAUUUGAGGAGAAACAACCUCACUGGAAUAGUUUUUGAUACAUUUCCAGAAACUUGUGCAUUACAAACGCUAGAUCUCAAUGGAAAUCUUCUAGAGGGAACGGUUCCAAAAUCUCUAGCUAAUUGCACGGUGUUGGAGGUUUUAAACCUUGGUAACAACCAAAUAAAUGAUAUAUUCCCAUGCUGGUUAAAGAACAUUUCCAGCUUGCGUGUUCUCGUUCUGCGAUCAAAUCAGUUUUAUGGGAACAUCAGUUGUCAAGAGAUUAAUGGCACCUGGCCAAACCUUCAGAUUAUUGACUUAGCUAUCAACAACUUUGAUGGAACACUACCAGUAAAGUACUCCUGGAAAGCAAUGAUGGCUGAUGAAGAUGAAGCACAGUCACAGGUCCACCACCUUCAAUUUCAGUUCCUGCAGUUCAGCCACUUGUACUACCAAGAUACAGUAACAGUUACCAGCAAAGGUCUGGAGAUGGAGAUAGUGAAAAUCCUAACUCUAUUCACCUCCAUUGACUUGUCAAACAACAACUUCGAAGGGUCAAUCCCGGAAGAGACAGGACUAUUGAAAUCACUCCGUCUUCUCAACUUGUCUCAUAAUGCUCUCACAGGUCCAAUCCUAUUAUCCAUAGGGAACUUACAACAACUGGAAUCCUUGGACCUUUCAGCUAACCAGCUGGAGGGGGAGAUCCCUACACAGCUUGCAAGCCUUAGUUUCCUUUCAGUCCUGAAUCUCUCAGACAAUCACCUUGUGGGCAGGAUCCCAUCUGGCACUCAGCUCCAAACAUUUUCAGCAUCUGAUUUUGAAGGUAAUGAAGGAUUAUGUGGCCCUCCUUUGACAAAUAAUUGCACAACAAAUUCAAAUCUGUUUCUACCUUCAUCACCGGCUUCAAGUAAGAACUUCGAUUGGCAGUUCAUAGUCAUUGGAAUUGGAUUUGGAAUAGGCUCAGCGGUAGUUGUUGCACCUGUAAUGUUUUCAGACAAGGUAAACCAAUGGUACGAUGAUCACAUAAUUGACAAAUUGCUUAUGGUGAUUCUCCCCAUGUUUGGAGCGAUGUACAAGACUUCUCAUCAAAGAAGGAUCGAAGCAGAGCAAGAUCUUGAAGGCCUACAAUCAGAAGAAGAUGAAGAUGAUUUUGAUGAAACAGAAACUGAAGAAUUUCAUGGGCGGUAUUGUGUGUUUUGCUCUAAACUUGACAUUACAAGGAAAAGGGUUGUUCAUGAUCCCAAAUGUACUUGUCAUCAAUCACCACCCAUAUCUUCUUCUACUUCCACUUCAUCCUCAUCUUCUUCACUGGAACAUUUUGAUAAAAGUUGAGCUUUCUUUACUUCUUUUCUUCUUUUGUAUUUGAACUGUACAUAACAUACAGAAAGCAUCAGCAGUGGUUAUAAGAACAGAACCUGAAGACA